AUAAUAACGUUAAAUAUAUAAAAGUUGGGUUAUCUAUUAUAAAAAUAUGAUCGAUUUUUAUUUGUUUACGUUUUGAUUUAAUUUUUUAAAACAUUUUUAUUAAAUAAAAAUGCAUAUAAAAAAAGGAAAUAUAUCGGAAACAAUGGAAAUUGUCUUUAACGAUGACGAUUUGCCAUACGAAGAAGAAAUUUUAAGGAAUCCGUAUUCGGUAAAACAUUGGUUAAGAUAUAUCGAUCAUAAAAAAUUGGCUCCGAAUAACGCAGUUAACAUAAUUUUUGAAAGAGCCUUGAAAGAACUACCAGGAUCAUAUAAAUUAUGGUACAAUUAUUUAAGAACCAGAAGAAAUCAAAUAAAAAGCAAAUGCAUAACAGAUCCAGGAUACGAGGAAGUGAAUAAUGCUUUUGAAAGGUCUCUAGUUUUCAUGCACAAGAUGCCUCGUAUUUGGAUGGAUUAUUGUUUAUUUUUAACUGACCAAUGUAAAAUUACAAGAACUAGGAAAGUGUUUGAUAGGGCGCUGAGGGCAUUACCAGUUACUCAGCAUAAUAGAAUUUGGCCUCUAUAUUUGAAAUUUGUUCAACAACAUGAUAUACCAGAAACUGCAGUUAGAGUGUUUAGGAGAUAUAUGAAAUUGUGUCCAGAAAAUGCUGAAGAAUACAUUACAUAUUUAACCAAUAUUGAUAGAUUAGAUGAAGCAGCACAGCUUAUGGCGAAUAUAGUGAAUGAUGAAAAUUUCAUUUCUCAACAAGGAAAAUCUAAACAUCAAUUGUGGAAUGAAUUGUGCGAAUUGAUUUCUAAGAAUCCCGAAAAAGUACAUUCUUUAAAUGUAGAUGCUAUCAUUAGAGGGGGCUUAAGAAGGUACACCGAUCAGUUAGGUCAUCUUUGGAACUCCCUGGCGAAUUAUUAUGUUCGCAGUGGUUUAUUUGAAAGGGCUCGUGAUAUAUAUGAAGAAGCUAUUCAAACAGUUACAACUGUAAGAGAUUUUACACAAAUUUUUGAUGCCUACGCCCAGUUUGAAGAAUUAAGUUUAAGUAAAAGAAUGGAAGAAGUGGCCAAUAAACCGAAUCCUACUGAAGAUGAUGAAACUGAAUUGGAAUUAAGACUUGCAAGAUACGAAUAUUUGAUGGAAAGGAGGUUACUCCUUUUAAAUUCUGUUCUGUUGCGACAAAAUCCUCAUAAUGUACAAGAAUGGCAUAAAAGAGUACAACUUUAUGAAGGUAAACCAGUGGAUAUUAUUAACACUUAUACUGAAGCUGUACAAACAGUUGAUCCAAAGCUAGCUGUAGGAAAACUUCACACCCUAUGGGUAGAUUUUGCUAAAUUUUAUGCCAAAAAUGGUCAAAUUGAUGAUGCUAGAUUGAUUUUUGAAAAGGCUUCACAAGUAGCUUAUGUUAAAGUAGAUGAUCUGGCAACAAUUUGGUGUGAAUGGGCUGAAAUGGAAAUUGGAAAUGAAAAUUAUGACGAGGCGUUAAGACUGAUGCACAGGGCAACUGUAAUGCCUAAUCGUAAAGUAGCUUAUCAUGAUGACACCGAAACUGUUCAAAACCGUCUUUACAAAUCUCUCAAAGUUUGGUCAAUGUAUGCAGAUUUGGAAGAGAGUUUUGGUACUUUUAAAUCGUGCAAAGCCAUUUAUGACAGAAUUAUCGACUUGAAAAUAGCCACACCUCAAAUAAUUAUCAAUUAUGGGGUAUUUUUGGAAGAAAAUAAUUAUUUUGAAGAGGCUUUUCGGGCGUAUGAAAAAGGGAUAUCUUUGUUUAAAUGGCCAAACGUUUAUGAUAUCUGGAACACAUAUUUAACGAAAUUCCUCAAACGUUAUCAAGGAACAAAAUUAGAACGCGCUAGAGAUUUAUUCGAACAAUGUUUAGAUGGUUGUCCUCCUCAAUUCGCCAAACAUCUCUAUCUACUUUAUGCGAAAUUAGAAGAAGAGCACGGCAUGGCCAGGCAUGCUAUGGCAGUUUACGAAAGGGCUACUAAAGCAGUUCCGGAACAAGAAAUGUUUGAUAUAUUUAAUAUUUACAUUAAAAGAGCUGCUGAAAUUUAUGGUAUUCCAAAGACAAGGCAAAUUUAUGAAAAAGCAAUCGAGGUACUUCCAGAAGAAAAGACUAGAGAGAUGUGUCUUAGAUUUGCCGAUAUGGAAACAAAAUUAGGGGAAAUUGAUAGAGCGAGGGCGAUUUAUGCGCAUUGUAGUCAGAUUUGCGAUCCGCGUAUCACGGCAGACUUUUGGCAAUUAUGGAAAGAAUUCGAAGUACGUCACGGUAACGAAGAUACCAUGAGAGAAAUGUUGAGAAUUAAACGUAGCGUUCAAGCUGUAUAUAAUACGCAGGUGAACAUGAUGUCAGCACAAAUGUUAAGUUCGGCUGGUAGUAUGAGUGGAACCGUGGCAGAUUUAGCGCCGGGUGUUAAAGACGGUAUGCGACUUUUAGAAGCUAAAGCCGUCGAAAUGGCUGGUACCUCUCAAGGAAAUAAACCUACAGGAAUUAUGUUUGUUAGAGGAGAAACUCAAGGAGCUGGCAAAGACAAAGUGGUGAAUCCCGACGAAAUCGAUAUAGAUAGUGAAAACUCCGAGGAAGAAGAAGAAGACGAGGAAGUACCAGUGGAAAAACAAAGUGUUCCUUCGGAAGUUUUUGGAAGUCUUAAUAAGAAUAAUGAGAAUGAAGAAGAUUAAAUAGAAUAGGAAUAAAUGUAACGUUUACUAA